AUGAAGGCGAGGAACGAAAAGAUUGAAAAACCGAUAACUCCGGAUUUCGUAAAUUAUCGUAACAAAUUAGUGGAAAAAUAUAAGCAACGCCAACAAGAACCAUCGUCAUGGAGCGGACUUGGCGCUGCGCACGCGCAAUUUGCUGAACACGCGGCUAAGGUUCUAGAAGAAUGUCGCUACAAACAUGCAGCCAGGAACGUUAUUGAUGUAAGUUAA